AGAGUGGCGACUGGAGGGCACCGUGAGUUUGGGUUUGGCGCCUGGUGUGCCAAAAUUAAGUAGAGUAAGUUUCGCCUUGAGUGGAUCACAAGCAGCACAAAUACACAACACGGAAGUUCACCAUCAUAUCAUCAGCUAAAUAUUACUAGUAUUUGACCACGGAAAAUGUAGCCUUCUUCGUCAGUGACCACACCUCUCAACAUUUUUCAACACCCCCACCAACACAGCUAAAAGUUUGGGGUUGUGCCUGGGUUUGGAAUGUUGUCUUGUGACAUUGUGCAUUGAAAGUGUAAAGUGAAAAUUAAACUACUUCAAACUUGCUGCAGUUGAUAAAUUAACUUACUUGAACAGAGAACGAUAGCCAAAUCUGAUUAUUUGGACUUCUGCUGCAUGUUGGUGGUAAUACGUCACUCAACCUUUACCAUCACACGGACAGACGACCAAUUCAAUAUCUGAGCGUGUGUACCAGAUGGAUGGAUGAUUGAAUGACUCUUAAUAUUACUUAUUUAAAUGGUGGAAUGGGUGGGAUCUGAUUUUACCGUACACUGCAUAGGCAUUUAAUUAUUCCAUUAACUAGAGAAAAAUUAUUAAAGCUUUGGAGACAUGGAAUAAAUUUUCUUCAAACCAGAAUGAAAAGUCUUCUGGAAUACUAGUGUGUUUUAUACUGAAAACGAAACCUGUAAACCAUCAAAUCAAAGUUUAACCACAAACAAAUAUAAACACCAUUUCGACCUUCAACUUAAGUUGUCUCAAGAGUACCCGUGUGGAUUACCUAAUAACAUAAAGCAAUACUGUAAAGCAGUAGGCUAACCUGUUGUGCAAAAAAAAUCAAUAUUGUGACAAUUCUUCGUUUGCUUGGUACAAAUACUAAGUUUUAUUAAGAAUUAAGUAAGGGCAGCUAUACACAUACUCACGGGACAAAUAACAAAUAUCUCCAACAUGGCUGGAGCUCGUAUAUUCGGUUUCGAUCCGAGGAAUUCUCAGAAUGACGAACCUACAAAAUUGCUACGGCUCAAGGUGAUUGCUGGUCAUUCACUGGCGAGGAAAGACAUUUUUGGAGCUAGUGAUCCGUAUGUUCGAAUAGAUUUAAAUCCUGUUGACACAGAGGAAGCUGUUGAUUCAGUUUUAACGAAAACCAAGAAACGAACUUUAAAUCCUACAUGGGACGAGGAGUUUAUAUUUCGAGUCUUGCCCACCCAACAUAAACUUGUUUUACAAGUUUUUGACGAGAAUAGACUAACAAGGGAUGACUUUUUGGGAAUGAUCGAAAUACCAUUGAUGACCCUUCCGAAAGAGGCUGACAAUCGUGUCAUACCACCUAAAAAAUUGAAUCUUCAACCAAGAAGUAGUCGCAGUAAAGUGAAAGGAUACUUGACCAUAUAUGCCGCGUUCAUUCCUGAUCCAUCAGACCCAGCCGACGUUCCCAACGGUAGUGCUAAUGCAAACUCUGUGGAAUCCAUUACCCAAAAUGUUCAAGCAGUCGAAGUGAGUAGUACAACACCAACUGCCAGUAAUGGAACAAGUGACUUGCCUGCUGAUGGUGCUAGAGGGGAUCCUGCUACGACUACUAGAUCAAAUGAGACACUUCCCCCGCUCCCACCGAGUUGGGAGGAACGUCAAGAUGCUAAUGGCCGAACAUAUUAUUGCAACCACAGCACUCGAACCACACAAUGGGAAAGACCAAUGCCAGGAGUGGCAAAUCGUCCUGAAACAUCCGCCCAAGAAAUGCAUGAGAUGGGACGAAGGUUUCAUAUUUCAGUUGACGAAGAUGACCAAUCUUCAUCUAGUCAAAACCAAAGCCAAACAGAUUCUCCUCAAGCAGAUGCCCCAUCUGCGAGUAAUUCUCGUCGUAAUUCUGAGGCCCUAAAUAAUGAGGGACUCCCAACGAAUUGGACCUCACAAGUUGCCCCAAAUGGUCGAAUAUUUUUUAUCGAUCAUAAUUCAAAGACAACAACCUGGAUUGACCCACGAACUGGAAAACCAUCUCCAACUACAACAUCAGCUACAACAAGGACCACACGGCCUCGCCACGAUGACCUGGGCCCACUCCCAGAUGGUUGGGAGGAAAGGUUACACACAGAUGGGCGAAUUUUCUUCAUUGAUCAUAACACAAGAACCACUCAAUGGGAGGAUCCUAGAUUAUCAAACCCAAAAAUUGCUGGCCAGGCUAUUCCGUAUUCAAGAGACUACAAGCGCAAAUAUGAGUAUUUCAAGUCAAAUCUAAAACGUCCAAACUGUGCCCCCAACAAGCAAGAAAUAAAAGUUCGGAGGUCUCACAUUCUGGAAGACUCAUAUAGAAUAAUUUCUCAAAUUCAGAGACCAGAGCUAUUAAAAACAAAAUUGUGGGUGGAAUUCGAAGGGGAACCUGGACUAGAUUAUGGUGGCCUCACACGAGAAUGGUUUUUUUACUUGAGCAAAGAGAUGUUCAACCCCUAUUAUGGCCUUUUUGAGUACUCAGCUAUGGAUAACUACACACUUCAAAUAAACCCUUUCUCUGGGCUAUGCAACGAAGAUCACUUGAGCUAUUAUAAAUUCAUCGGAAGGGUUGCGGGUAUGGCCGUAUUUCACGGAAAACUUCUGGAUGCUUUUUUUAUCCGUCCUUUCUACAAAAUGAUGCUUGCAAAGCCAAUUGAAUUGGAAGAUAUGGAAAGUGUGGACUCUGAAUAUCAUCGAUCAUUACUUUGGAUAAGGGAUAAUGAUCCAAACGAGUUGGAACUAACCUUCUGUGUAGACGAGGAAACCUUUGGAAUUACUAGUCAGCGAGAACUGAAACCAAAUGGUGCCCAAAUUCCUGUGACUAACGAUAAUAAAAAUGAAUACAUUAAGCUUGUAAUUCAAUGGAGAUUCGUAUCAAGGAUCCAAGAACAAAUGAAUGCAUUUUUAGAAGGUUUCAAUGAAAUAAUUCCAACGGCCUUAUUAAAGAUCUUUGAUGAAAAUGAGCUAGAAUUGCUAAUGUGUGGAAUUCAGGUGGUCGCUGUGAAAGACUGGAGGCAGAAUACUGUUUAUAAAGGCGACUAUCAUCCUAACCAUAUAACCAUUCAAUGGUUCUGGAGAGUUGUUUUGUCGUUUGAUAAUGAAAUGAGAGCACGGUUAUUACAAUUUGUAACGGGAACUUCGCGAGUCCCUAUGAACGGUUUCAAGGAAUUGUAUGGUUCCAAUGGACCACAACUUUUCACUAUAGAGAAAUGGGGAACGCCAGACAAUUACCCCAGAGCUCAUACUUGCUUUAACCGAUUGGAUCUGCCGCCAUAUGAGAGCUAUCAGCAAUUGAAGGAAAAAUUAAUCAAAGCCAUUGAAGGUUCUCAAGGUUUCGCCGGGGUUGAUUAGCGUGUUAAUGCUUAGUUUUGUCAAGACAGAGAGAACAUUUUUUCGAGAACAAUUACAAAUCAGUUUCCAAAUUACAAAUAUAUGGGUUGCAUUACCUAAGAAUAAUAUACUUACUUACAUGCUAUACAAUAUCGUCAUAUCGGCUAUUAAACCCAGCUCAAGUGUAUGUCUAUAUAUAUAUAUAUGUUGUACCUCUGUCGCCUACCUAAUUAUGUAUAUUGAAUUGAUGUGUGAUACCAUAUAUUUCAUUUACGUUAUCAAUUUUUCACUUUAAACACAAUUUACAAAUUAUAAAUUCCUAAAUUGUGUGUCUGGGUCACCAUGCUUUUGAACUUGCAAGUUUGAAAUGCAGCCAUUAAAUCACUAAGUUUUGUGCUAUCCAAGUUAUUAUGUCGAGUAUUCGUUCGUUUGGUAUGACUGCCGCAUUCCAACAAGUGAAUGAUUAGCUGCAAUUUCUGUCUGACUGAUUAUUAGUUAUAUCAACUAUAUGCAUUAUCCGAGGUGCUGUUUUAAUACUUUUCUCAAUCAUUCCGAACAGCUUUAGUUCAGAAAGAUUUUAGCAUAUCCUUUGUCCUUCAAUGUGUCGUAUUUUCUCUUCUCCCGGAAUCGAGAGAGAAUGUAUUAUUUUGCAUCUACAUUUAUAUAUAACAAUGCCACAAUCUGUUAAUAGUAAUUAAAUAGUAUGACCGAAAACAAAUAUUAUAUCAGUUUUUUUAAUUUGCUGUCCAGCCAGUACACGAUAGUACCUAUAACUAUUAAUAAGUAUUGUCAUUACCUUUAUCAUACACUCGAUCCUCUGCCCCUCCGUCAUUCGUGUGUGUGCGUACCAAUAUUAAAACUACACGUCUUACGUCUUAUCAGACAGAUGCACACAUGCCUUUUACAGAAGUAACUUGGAUUUUAUUAUGAAUAAUUACAUGUAAAUGUAGAAUCUUACAAGUACAUAACACUAAUAAAAAUGGAAUCUACCUAAAAGUUUAAAUAUUUAGACACGCAGAUCAAUCAUCAUUAUCGUUCCAAAAAGUCAUGUUUCCUGUUGCCUAAAACAUUUGUAAUAUUUAACUUUAAUUUUCUGUUGGUAAUAACUAGAGCCAACUGUCGAAAUAAAUAAAAGUUUGAUCAAGAA